AUGUUCCGGAUACUGACCUCCUGCUGGCCUCAUGUAAAGGCAACUGAAGAGACACGAAGGAAUGUGACCAUCAUUAUCAUUGGACUGGACAACUCAGGCAAAACUGUUCUUGUGAAGGCGUUCCAGAGACUACUCCCCAGUAGGAUGGGUGGUUGUAUGAAACCUGAACUGACCACACUCCUGCUGGAUGAUUAUGAAGUUUCCGUCUAUGACCUGAAUGGAGACAGGAAUGGCCGAGAAAUCUGGCCAAACUACUACGCGCAGGCACAUGGAUUUGUUUUUGUCCUGGAUUCCAGUGACUUAAGGCGCAUGCAGGAAGUGAAGGUCAUCUUACCACGCCUGCUGUCUGAUGAAAGAGUGGCCGGGAAACCCAUCCUACUCCUGGCUAACAAGCAAGACAAGAAGGACGCCUUGCUACUUUGUGAUAUUACUGAAUAUCUGCUGCUGGAAAGGCUAACAAACAAGAACCAGUCUCUGUGCCGAGUGGAGCCCUGUUCAGCCAUCAAAAACCUCCAAAGAAGGAACCAUGAGCCUAUAAUUGGAGGCCUGCGCUGGCUGUUAUCUGCCAUUGGGGAUAAAUAUGAAGAGCUGUGUGCUCACCAACAGCCACUCCCAUCGAGCAUCCCAGCCCCCAAGAGCACCAGAGGCUUUGGGGAAAUAUGCUCACCAGACAGCUUCACUACCAGGAUGGGAAAGUCCAAAGAAAAAAGACAGCACCCAGGACAACACUCAAUGGAACCUAGGCCUCUAAAGCCAAUCCUACAGCCAUCAAAUGAAUCUUAUCCCCACCAAGAGGCUCAAGAACAGUUAGGGGGCAUCCGUUUGAGAGUGAAGACAACGUUGGCAAUGAAGAUCAGAGCCUUGAUGUCUUUAUACCCAGAUGCUCCUGAUGAAGUUUGUGAGCAACAUGUUGUGGGUGACCAACUGCAGUUGAGCCUUAGAAGUACAGGGUCAGUUUAG